GCUUGUUGACCGUGCCCUUAUUUUGAAAGUCGGGCCGGACAUCCGUGUUUACUUUAGCUGCUAGUCAGCCUGUUUGCUGGUGCCUCCGUGUGAUCUUUAACACCCAGAUCAGUCCCUGAAAGCCGGUUCAUCUCUCAGGGAGGUUUCACCCGCCAUCGCCAGGAGGAGUCGGGCAGAAGAAGCAGAAACACAGCGGCUAUGUCUGCAGCUCGGACCCCGAGUGGAGGCUUCCUUUUGAAGCUGCUGUAGCUGUUAGCUCGCUGGUUCGGGUCCGCGGAGUUUUAGCUACAACAGGCUUUUUGUUCUGCUCCCGGACAGCCUCUGCAUGACAAACCGUCCCCACUGUUCAGAGUGGAUAGGGCGGUAGCACAGCGGCUGCUUUGUGGGAAAACGUGUCAAGGAGACCACCCCCAUCGCCACCACUACCGUCCUAGGUUGUGAACCCCUGCCACGGGGCUAACACCCCCGGUCAUCGAGCGAAUUCAUGGCCGGAAAUCCGAGGAGGGGCGCCGGGCUCAUAGGCUUGAUGAAGGACGCCUUUCAGCCCCACCAGCAGCCUCUGCAGCCUCACCAACCCGCUGUGGUCGAUAAGAAAAUGGUGGAAAAAUGCUGGAAGCUCAUGGAUAAGGUGGUGCGUUUGUGCCAGAACCCCAAGGUGGCGCUGAAGAACAGCCCGCCCUACAUCCUAGACCUGCUGCCAGACACCUACCAACACCUACGCACCAUCCUGUCCAGGUACGAGGGCAAGAUAGAGAUCCUUGGGGAGAACGAGUAUUUUCGAGUGGUCAUCGAGAACCUCACCAACAAGACCAAGCAGACCAUGAGCCUCUUCAAGGAGGCUAAGGAGAGGAUGUACGAGGAGAACUCCCAGGCCAGGAGGAACCUCACCAAACUGUCUCUGAUCUUCAGUCACAUGCUUGCGGAGCUAAAAGCCAUCUUCCCCAAUGGCCUGUUUCAGGGCGACAACUUCCGGAUUACCAAAGCUGACGCAGCCGAAUUUUGGAGAAGGUCAUUUGGAGACAAAACCAUUGUACCCUGGAGGAUGUUCCGUCAAGCUCUCCAUGAGUUUCACCCCAUAAGUUCAGGUCUGGAGGCCAUGGCGCUCAAGUCCACCAUUGACCUCACCUGCAAUGACUACAUCUCUGUUUUUGAGUUCGACAUCUUCACCAGACUCUUUCAGCCGUGGUCGUCUCUUUUGAGAAACUGGAACAGCCUGGCAGUCACACAUCCCGGCUACAUGGCCUUCCUGACGUACGACGAAGUCAAGGCUCGACUGCAGAGAUUCAUUCACAAACCUGGCAGCUACAUCUUCAGGCUGAGCUGCACCCGUCUGGGCCAGUGGGCCAUCGGCUACGUGACGGCCGACGGGAACAUCCUGCAGACCAUUCCCCAUAAUAAACCGCUCUUCCAAGCCCUCAUCGAUGGAUACAGAGAGGGAUUCUAUCUUUUCCCUGACGGCCGUGCACAAAACCCAGACCUGACAGGGCUGUGUGAGCCUUCUCCGCAGGACCACAUCAAAGUUACUCAGGAGCAGUACGAGCUCUACUGUGAAAUGGGCUCCACGUUCCAGCUUUGUAAGAUCUGUGCAGAAAAUGACAAGGACGUAAAGAUCGAGCCCUGCAGACACUUGAUGUGCACCUCCUGUCUGACCGCCUGGCAGGAGUCAGAGGGUCAAGGCUGCCCGUUCUGCCGCUGUGAAAUCAAAGGCACGGAGCCCAUCGUGGUGGACCCCUUCCACCCAAAAGCCAGUGGGUCUUCCUUCGCUGGUUUCCAGAGCUCCAGCAGAGCAGAAGCAUCAGGAAACGAUGAGGAAGAGGAUGAUCGGCUGGAGGACCAGCAUCUUGUUAUGAGCAGGCUGGCCUGCAGUAAGGUGGAGCGUCCAGCGUCUCCAGUGUCUCAGCUGCCUCCAGUGCCUCCACGGCUGGACCUCCUGCAGCAGAGGUCCUCCACCUCCCAUUCCACUCUGAGUCAGGGGGCCACAGCCAAGAUUGCAGUCACUCACAGAGACAAGCCUCUACCUCCCCCUCCUGCUGUAAGAGAGCUUCCCCCUCCCCCUCCGGAGCGACCCCCCAUCCCCGGCCAGGACUCCAGGCUGCAGAGGAGACCCCUGCCCUCCACCCCUGACCACCCUUCCUGGGCAUCCAACUACAUGGUUCCUCGCCCCGUGAGCAAGGCCUCCAUCCCUCAGAGCAGCACCACCAAUGGAGAGGGAAUCAGGCCCCAAGCAGCCACCAACGCUAUCUAUUGCCUGACUGCCAGGUCUCUGUCUCCAUCAGUGGUUUCAGCUGGAGAAAGGCCGUCAUCAGAUGGUGAGGAGAAUGAAUACAUGAGUCCCACCUCCCUCCCAGUCUCCAGCGCCCCCUGGGUCGUUACAGGCUCGUUGGUUCCCCCACCUCCAACCCCGACAAACAACCACAAUGACGUCAGCGAGGGAGGCGACGACGACUCUGAUGACCCUCAAGUGUACGAAUCCAUGUUCAACAUCCAGAGUCAGGCUAGUUCCUCUGACACGAUGCAGGCCUCUGAACUGGAGCUCCCUCACCUUCCAGCUGUGGUUUCCCAGGAUAAAAAGGAAGACAGCAGUUUGGAGGAUGUUUACGAGUACGACCGUCCUCGGCCGGUUGUCCCCCUCGCCCCCGCCAGAAGAAACUUGUCUGAAAUCAACUGUCCAGCUGCAGCCUUCAGCUCGCUCAGCAUGGAUGCCUCAAUAGAAGCCGGUACGUUUGCUGAAUCGGAUCAGCCUCCCAGACCCCUCCCACGCAGAGCCAACUCUGACCGACGCCCUCGACCUUUGAACCGGGACCUUUCUGCUCCGCUGCCGGAACUCCCCGAUCCCUCCUCUGAUUGGCCACCUCCUCACCCUCCUCCUCCCCCUCCCGGUGCUGCUGCUGCCGUCGCUGGAAACCAGGCCCUGAAUGGUGAAAUCGAAUGCCUGAUAUCCCAAGGCUACUCCAUCCAGGACAUUCAGAAAGCCCUGAUGAUCGCCCAGAACAAUCUGGAGACGGCCAAGAACAUUCUGCGUGAGUUCGUCUCCGUCCCCUCCACGGCUCACAUCGCUACAUAGUCACUCAGGUCCCGCUCAUCCCCGUCUACGCUUUGUGCCAUUAUUCUGGAUUGCAUUUACCGAGCACUUUUCUGCAGGGCCGUAACUACUUCCCUCCCAGGGAGAAACGCCAGAUCUGAGGAAAAACAUCCAAAGUUAAUUGUAAUCAAUUGCGUCAGGUAUUAUUUGCUUUUCUAAUAGGAUUUUUGGUGUGAAAACAGAAUUAUUUGUGACUGAUGCUAAAGCCUCAACAUUUACUUUAUACUGCCCCCAGCUGGACAUGGAAGGAACUGGAUUCCCCAUCAGCUGCUUGAUCAUCUCAUGGGGCUUAAACGAUCUGAAACAUCUGAAAGGAGCUUUGUGAAGCCAAACUGUAACCCCGCUCUGAUCGGGAUAUGCGCUCAUUCGACUCAAGCUUUACAUCUCUCUUCAGUUUGACGUUUCACUGGCUUCUCUGCAAACUGUGGUGUGCAAAUCUGUAGCCAAUAAGAAAUUAUUGAUAAGUCUGUGGUGUGUGUGCUCGUGCUGGUGAACGUUGGCGCCCGGUCACAGCGCAGUGCUGCAGGGCUUCAUUUCGUGCCUCGUACGGUUUCGGUACCAUCCCGCUAGUCAAGUCCAACUCCCAUUAACCAAUGGUUCAACAACAAGUACGUUAAUGUUUAAGUACUCUCAUAACAUGUUGUACUGUGUGUAGUACUAACAAUGGCUGAAACUGACUGCAUUUUAUUCAUGUUAUUCCAAGACUUGACUCUAUAUGUGAGGUGGUCUUACACUGAGGGAGAAAGGGGAAAAUCUGUCAAAAUCACAAUCCAACAACCAUUUUCUUUGUAACAUACAGGUUUGACUCAAUGCCAACGUUUGGUUGUAAGCGGGGAAACCUUGGAAAAGUGGGUUCCCCAUCAUCAAGCUGUUUGAAACUGUAAUUAAAGGGUAGACAAGCUAUUAAUCCCUUCUAGCAGCACCACUGGGUCCAGGCGAAUCUCCCUUAAAUAUCUUCAUUUAUCCUGCGAACACUUCCACUUCCUCACAUAUAGAAGGGAUCCUGCAGGCUUUUCAAUGAGAAAGAAGCAAAGAUGUCCUUUACCUCCUGCAGAUCAGCCUCGAUAUCCAUUUCAACCACCUUCUAAUGUAAUAGGACAGGUCCCCUGCUUUCUGAACUGUCUGUCCCAGACUGAUCUACCUCACCAGGCUCCAAGACCCCAUACAGAUUAUGGAUAAGAAAUUUGAACUCUGCAAUAUUAUAAUUCUGGAUGCAUUUUUGCCUGAUGACACAAACCUCCAUCUAUUUUAUCCUGACAAUAUUGUGGAGGGGCUGGACAGGUCAUCAGUCCAUCACAUGGUUACACAGAAACAAACGACCAUGCACACACACACACACACACAGGUAGUUUAGAGUGGUCAGUUAACCUAACAUGCAUGUUUCUGGACUGUAAGAGGAUACUGGAUCACCCAAAGAGGGCCCAUACAUACAGAGAAACAUACAGAGAACAUGCAACUCUACAGAUAGUGCUAAAAACUGCACCACCCUGCAGAAACACUAACUUGACAAACAAACACUCCCAGCUAACCGAUCCCAACUUGGCAUUCACAUCAACCAACACCUAGGACCAACACUGCUGCGAAACCAAACACCUGAAUCUCCCACAGGUACCAGUCAAUCACCCACAAAUAUCUACAGAUAAGCUCCCGCUCUCACUACAGCCCAGGUGAUUAGUUAAUAUUGCUUCUAAGUGAAAAUGGAGAGACAAAGCUAAAUGUGAGCUUAAAAGUAAAUUUGUUUUUUUGGAUAAAGAGAGAGCAACCAGCUAAGCUUCAUAAACCAGUGAUGUCCCGAUCAGUCAUUUAAAAAGAAUAGACCCAUUCCCAGCCCAAUACUUCAAUAAAGUUAAAUUAGUGAUGAAUGUGCUUUUAAACACGGUAGAGUUAAAGUGCAGUAAAAUAAGAUGUUGCAUUUUAUCACUAUUAUAAUUUACUCACCUAUAUCAUAUGAUCUCCUUUCUGCUUCUCCCAACAGCAACAGAUAUUUUGUCCCAACUAGAGGUUCUGCAGGUCAACUUCAACAUGUUGCCCCGUUAAUAAAGGUUAUCUUCUGACGUGUCACCGAAAAUCGGCACAACUUUAUAAUUUUUUUCCUAACUUAUAUUUGACUUGACACAUACAGCUACAGUCUUUAAUAAACCUUCAGCCAGCUGCAGCCAGAACCACAUGCAGACAAACACAGCAGUCACCUUGCUCUUACCUUUAAGGGAAAAUGUUGUCUUUUUCUGUCCUAAAAGUUUCCCCGAGAGCCUUUUAAUGAUGUCAGGGAGCUGCACUCACUUCAAUUUUGUCAUGUAAAAAUUUAGCAUCAUUGAGUUCAAUGUUCUCCUAAAAGUGAACCCUGAGCUAGGCUAAUGCUAGCACGUUUUCUCUCUAUUGAUAUGACUCGUUCUAAAUUCAGGCUUUCAAUUUGGUUCCAGUUAAUUAUGUGCAAACAAAAGUUCAACAACCAGUGCUUCAGCUGCUUUCUGUGCAUUUUUCUCUCCCCUUCACAAAGAGUCAUGUGUAGAUAUCGGAGAGCGGGUCACAUGAGAUAGCCAGGGAGCAGAGGCAACCAGUACAGUCUCUCUCAAAGUGAAUCUUGUAUAGGGUGAAAAGGGCUCAGACUUGAGAGAAAAUUCUCAAGUGAUAAGAUUUUGCGACCAGUCCACAAAGAAAAAAGGCUGUGAUUGUUAAAUUUUGGCCAUUCGAAGCAUCUUGCUUGGCUUGGGGCUGACAUUAUCUUAGGCAGUAGACCCUUACUGGGCACGGGGAUGUGAGUUUCAGCAGGGACUCAUUUAAAUCUGGAUCCUGAGCUGAUAUCAGUCCUUAAUGCAGCACAAAGCUGGACAGGUUGGUCUUGUGGACACAGGUUCAUCAGUCUUUUCUGGGCUCAUUACUGAUUUCUGACUUUUCUACAGGUCAGACCUGCUGAUUCAGAUGUUUUUCUAAGGACUGUAAAAAAGGAGAAGGAAAAAAAUGCUGCAGGUUCUUUAUUAAAAACAGUACAUUUGAUUCCAGAGGAAUUUUAUUUGCAUCAAAGCACAACUAUUAUCUAAUGUUUAAUAAACUCAAAAGUGUAUGAAAGUUCAUGCUGUUGGUUGAUGCGUUUAUAGACAUGAAAAGGUGGGAGUUCUGACCUGCAGAAGACUGAACGUGGCCGACCCAAAGGAAAAAUUGUCUGAUUUCGAUUUCAAGAAAAUCGAUUAGUUCAACUCUACAUUUUUCAGUUGUUGGUUUUAAUUAGGGCUGCACGAAAACAUGCGAUGAUAGUAGAUUGCGAUAAAUGACAGAAAGGUGUUGAUGCCUUUCUGCUCUGGGUUCAUAUUGUAGCAAACAGACCCCAGAUGAUGAUAUUUCCAUCUGAACACAAGGUUUUACUGAAAGAGUUGCUUCAGGCUGACGUCUGCUGCUUCGGCAUUGAAACAACUUACUGGAAGUUUCUUAAUGACUCGACUGCCUCACCAACUCUUUACCUGCUGAAACGUUUCAUGCUGCAUUAAAAAACUAGUGUCACCACACGUAUGUAAGGGGAUAGAAAGCCUGAAUGCAAGGUGUUUAAAAAAUUAGCUAACAUUUUUUGCAGUGCCGGCAGUUCUUCAUGGUGCACACAUUUCGUACACUGAUACCAUGAUAAUGACACAUUUACGAUAUAUUGUGCAGUCCUAAGUACUCUCAUCUGGGAUCAUCAGCACAGUCUUCAAGUCAUUCCAUAUGAAUGUGUUUUAUUGCGCUUUAUGUUUUUAAUAGAUGGUCUACAGGACGAAGCUUUCCAAUAUGUUUCUGCAACACUGAAACGAUUGAAAUGCCCUACCUAUAGCCGCCGAUUUACAGCUCAAUCAUUAGAUGGGUUGUGGCUAAAAAAAAUGGGCUUCAUACUUUUUCUCUGAUUGGAGUAGAUAUUUGCUCCAUCUUCAUGGGUGGUAGCCCAGAUCAUCAACAAGUCAGAGCUUCAUUUAUUUAUUUUCUUUCUUUGUGAAUUUUAAAAAUUGUUCAACUGAAAUUUAGAAAAGGUAACUUGAAAAAUAUUAUGUUUUUUUAAUUACCAUUAUAGCAUUUUAUAAAACCUUAAGUGGAAAUAAUGAUUUAAAAGAUUCGAACUUGUUCUCAGGUGUGUGAUUUCUCUGGUAUUAAUUUGAUCCACUUGGCAGCAUUGGGUCGGAUCUGAAUAUCAGAUGGUUCUGGGCCAGGUGCUGAUUUUGUCUGGAUAUUUUGGGAAAAAAUCAGGAAAGUCCAGGUUUGUAGGCUGUUUAUUGAACUCACAUCAUGGUUUGUAGAAGAAGAUUUAGAACAAACCAGAAAUAAACUAAGAAAUGCCCUUGCAGCUACAGGUGUGACCCCUACUGGUCGGUGGGUAGAAUGCAGGUGUAAAAUUCUAAAAAAAUGGACAAGGAAAGUAUUUAAAUGGAAACGUUUCAUCACAUUGUUAGCAGCAUCCCUUAGCUGCUGUGGAAAAGUAUUUGCACCUUGAGGAUUGUCUGACGACAUGAAGUAGGCAAAAUCAUCUGAAAUUGUAACACAACCCUGUCUGGGGUGUCAGAAUAUUUUCUCAUAAAAAAAUGAGUGACUAAACCGCUCCAUGUGUAAGUGCAGAGUGGCUCAAGUGUCUUAUUACCUGAACUACACCCUCUAGUUUCAACUGGUUUUGCUGUGAGAAGGUGAAUUAAUGUGCCUCCUGUCAGUUACAGAACUGAGCUAAUCGCUGAACGUUUCAGUGUGAUUCAUGUUUUUCCCCCUCAUGUUGUGAUCAGCCGUGUUCUGCGAUGUAAGCAGUACACCUGCAGCUUUUCAUUGCUCCUCCUGUUGCCCCUGAUCACUCCAUGUCUGAACUCCUGCACUGUGAAAGCUGCAGGUCUGCAGGACACGUUCUCCCUCAGAACCCUCAAUAAACUCUGCUGUUGUUGGUUCACAUCUGCUGACUUGUUUUUUGUGACUGUGUGUGUUGGUUUACCCAGUUAACUGGCCUUUUGUCAAAUUCAACUUGCCUACUAAAAACUCUUUGCUUUAUUACCUGUAUAGUUAAGAUUUUAUUUAUUGUCUUUUUAAUAUCCUCUGCAUUCAUUGUGCUGCCAUGUUUUCAUGCCUAAGCCAUUAAGAUUUUUGAUUAAACAGUAUUUUCUUUAA